CCUCGUCACCCAUUGAAGCGGUGUUUGUGGUGGAGCCCCUGAGGGCUUAGUGGGGUUGAGCAGAAUGAGGAAAAGCUUCAUGGAGCAGGGAGGGAGAUAGCUAGGGCAGCAACUGAAGGACGGACUCGCCUUUCCAUCCCUCUGGGGUGCUCCUGCCAGCCAGCCCCUCCCCCACUUUCAUGAAGGGGUGGCCGUUGGAAUUCUGCACUCCAUCUCUUCUGAUUGGGCCCAGGACAAGGGGACAGGCAUUUGUGGGCCUCACCCCCCAGGCAGACAGGAGGAGGAAGCCAUGUCCCACCAGGCUAGGGCAGAGGGACCCCUGAUGCCAACAGUGCUUUAUCAGCGGGUGCCAGGCAAGGCCGUCCCCAGGGUGAGGACAACAUCUCUCUGGGCCCUGUUAUCAGUCACAGAGUCCACAGGACGCUCCUUGGGUUAACGUGUAACCAUGAGCCGUCCCCUUCACCCCCUGAAGCCACUCACUCCCAGAUUAGGUGACUCGGGGGGUAUCAAGGCAGCAUGGACAGUGGCAAAGCGGGGCAGACCCUGAAGACUCACUGCUUAGCCCAGCGCCCAGAUGUCUGCAGGUGGCUGAGCCCCUUCAUCCUCUCGUGCUGCGUGUACUUCUGCCUCUGGAUUCCCAAGGACCAGCCGUCCUGGGUCGCUGCCCUGGUCAAGUGCCUGCCUAUCCUCUGCCUGGCCGGGUUCCUGUGGGUCGUGUCCCCAGGCGGGGGCUACACCCGGCUCUUCCAGGGAGCUCUCUUGUGCUCUGCAGUGGGGGACGCCUGCCUCAUCUGGCCUGAAGCCUUCCUCCCUGGCAUGGCCGCCUUCGCCACCACCCACCUUCUCUACGUCUGGGCCUUCGGCUUCUCUCCCCUGCAGCCUGGCCUGCUGCUGCUCAUCAUCCUGACCUCUGGCCCCUACCUCAGCCUUGUGCUGCAGCACGUUGAGCCGGAUAUGGGCCUGCCUGUGGCAGCCUAUGGGCUGAUCCUGAUGGCCAUGCUGUGGCGCGGCCUGGCCCAGGGCGGGAGUGCUGGCUGGGGCGGGCUGCUCUUCACACUCUCUGAUGGCGUGCUGGCCUGGGACACCUUCGUCCAGCCCCUGCCCUAUGCCCGCCUGGUGGUCAUGACCACCUACUACGCUGCCCAGCUCCUCAUCACACUGUCGGCCCUCAGGAGCCAGAUGGCCAAGACCGACUGACUAGAGAGCUUGAAGGGCCGGUAUUCAGGCCCUCUCCUCUUGCAAAGACCUGGGCCCCCCAGACCAGCCCAGCCUGAGAAAUACCCUCAGCAGCGAAGCUUCCUCACGCCUGUCUGCAGGCGCCGCCGCCGCUUCCAGCUGAAGACAUUUGAGGACCAUUUGCGGAAUUCCAAGUCCACUGCUGAGUUCCAGCUGCCUUCUCCAGGUUCUGACUCCAGAUCCCUGGCUCCUCAGCCAGGCCCACAUGUGGCCCUCCCAGCCACCAGCCCGCCUCCAUGUUCUGUGUCGGCCCCACAGUCUGCCCGCCCCCAGCUCCUGCUCUGAAUCGUUUUUCUUAUCUUAGUAAAGUGGGUGUGGAACCAUAGAUGUUGCUGUUACCGUGGGAGAGGCCUCGGGGAAGAUCAUUGUGAUUAACCAUCGCGGUUAAUGACAGCAAACGGUUCUAGGUCACUCCCCAUGGACCAGGCCUGGUGCCCAGUGGGACCCUCCCUGGCCCUCUGGUGGGAGUGGAUUUGAGGAGAUAAAGUGAGGAUUGUGCAGAACUGA